AUGGAGACCACUGGAAUCAAGACCAGAUUUCUCAUCCUGUCCGAUACGCACAGCAUGGACCUCCCCUCCCAAUACAUCAACCACCCCAACACCGACGUCGUAAUCCACUGUGGCGAUCUGACUGAAUCAUCCAAACUACAGGAAUACCGCACCGCCAUCCAACUGCUGCAGAAGAUCCCCGCCUCCCUCAAGCUAGUCAUCGCCGGGAACCACGACAUCAGCCUGGACGAGCCCUGCUUCCGGCAGAAAGUGGCGGAUGCAAGAUCCCGGCAUCAGCUUCCUGACCGAUUUGCCCUAGCGAACGGGGCCUCCCUAACCGUCUACGCCAGUCCCUGCACACCAGUGGACGUGGUCCUCACCCAUGGCCCGCCUAGAGGCGUCCUGGACAUCCCGUUCUCGGGCUAUCGGGCCGGUUGUGCUCGUUUGUUCGAGGCCGUCGCUCGGUCUCGGCCUCGUUUGCAUUGCUUUGGCCAUAUCCACGAGGCCUGGGGCGCCAAGUUGGUGACUUGGCGCAAGACGGUCAAUGGGAGUUCCUUUUGCUGUCACACGAGUCAUUGUGCCGGUGAUCCGAAUCCACUUCAACGUGGCCUGCAGACACUGUUUGUAAAUGCCGCGGUGGAAGGCUCGGAGGAGGUUCCGAUCCAGUUGCCUUGGCUGGUUGAUAUUGAGUUGGCUCCUGCGUGAGCCUUGCGGUGAGGGUGGUUCUACUGGGACGUAUACUGUGGGACUGAUUUCGACAUAGUGUUGAUGGAUGGGGUUGGUGAUUUAUUAAUCCCCGAUUGACCGCUACUCAUAGUCUGAUAGGUGAACAAUGGGACUGUCCGUGACAUUUAUGAUGUGUUCUCGAG